UUAACCUUGAAAGAAAAAUAAUAUCGUAAGAAUGUUCGAGGAAAAAGAUAGAAGAACGUUAAAUUGUUUAUUUGCAAGAUGAUGAAGGGAAGGAAUAUAGAGAGUGGGAAAUCGUGCAAAAUGUGAGCGUCUCGCAAAGUAGGAGAACGAAGCAAAAGGCGAAUCACCAUCGUGGGCUGCGUAGGUAGGAGGUAGGUAGACACAUAUAUAUAUACAUACAUACAUACAAACAAACACCUUUCGAGAGUUUACCAGUUAUACGUCGAACAGUUGGAGCAGCGGACAGUUACCUUUACGUUUCGAGAUCGAGAGGAUCUAUUUUGUUCUCUGGUGUGAUAUAGACCGAUUUAUAUAUUCGCGAGAGAGAGAGAGAGAGAGAGAGAGAGAGAGAGAGAGAGAGAGAGAGAGAAAGAGAGAGAGAUUAGCUUCUCGAGAUCAUUCGAGAAGAGGAGGAAUCGAUCGAUUCGACUCGAAGACGAUGAGUCGAACGUUAUUGAUGUGUUCGUUGUUGGCUGUGACCAACGUCAAUGCAAUUUCGACAGUAUGGCAACCAGUACCUUCACCUCUUGUACCAAGUACGAGUGUGCUUCGUCAGGAAGGAAAAUUAUAUGGAAGCUUAACAUCGGUCAAUUCUCCUUAUGAUAUCGAUGGACAGCUGAUCGAUUUGUCACACGAACAGGAACAAUGUUCUUUGUACAAGAUUUCUAUGAGUCAACAGCUUUACUUUGAGUAUAUUCAUUACAAGAUCGACUUGCCGAAUAUAAAAGAAUUUACUCUGUGUAUAUGGUCGAAGUUUCACAAUCAUACCAACGAUCAUCCUCUGUUUUCUUAUGCAGUCGGUGAUCAACCUCGAGGUAUAUUAUCAUGGGUCGCCAAUACGGCAAGAAGUUCUUAUUAUAUGAUGAACGUGGACGGUCACAACUUGUAUAGAUUGAAUUAUCCGUUGAGACUUAACAAGUGGUACCACUCUUGCCAGAGUUGGAAUGGUCGUACCGGAGAAUGGCAGAUUUGGGUCAACGACGAACGUGUAGGUCGUGGGUUCAACAACAGGUUGGUCGGCCACGUUAUUAAGGGCGGUGGUAUCGCGAUAUCGGGUCAAGAGCAACGCCAGUUGGGUGGUGGCUUUUUAGAAGGAGAAGGUUCUCCUCCAGGAUCGGGUGGUAUGUUAGGAGAAAUAACAAUGGUUCAGUUGUACAGCGUUGCUCUGACAGCUGGAAAAGCUCACAAAGAUCACAAACAUCAUCACGCUCAUCAUUACGAGCACGAUACCACGAAUAAUACUCCAAGGCCGAUAACGAGACAACCGGUUACAGGACCACCUCUACCUCCUAGUCCAUUCUUAACUGGAGGUCAAAUUAAUCCUCAAGUGAAAAUCAAUCCUGGUGCACCAUUGCAAAUUAUUCGAAACGGGGUGAUCAUGCGUCAUCCAGCAUUACCACCACCAAGAGAGCCACCACCACAACCCUUUCCACCAGCCAAUCUCGAAAGUCUUUCAACGAUGAUCCCAUUUGUUUCGCCGUCAUCAACAUUGUCAGUAACUUUGCAACAAGAUUCCGGAAUAUUUGGAAAUCCUUUAAGUAGACCAACCGGUACUUAUCACGAACUUUUCAAACGAGAGGAAACUGUAACGAAGAGGGAGAACGUUCGAAGGGAUAAGAUCGAUACAACGAAAGCAACAACGACGUCUAAAUCCACCAUUAUCGAAAACGACGACGACGACGACGACGACGACGACGACGACGAUAAAGUGAAGUUCCUCGAAAGGAUCAAGGACGAUAUAGAAAAGACGUCGAAAAAACGUGGUACGGAGAAAAAAAAGAGAGGAAUCUUGCAAUUGCCAGAUGGUUUAUUAUUCGAUGAAAAUUAUGCCGUACCUCAAGGAUUGGACAACGAUUAUUUCUCGGGUUUAGCUAGUUUUGAUCUUCAGUUGGUCAAGCAAGAUAACAAAAAUGACGAGAGAGAACCAGCCGAGGCCGAAGUUAAAAGGAUCAUGGAUAUUUGCAAUGGCUGUGCCGAAGAACCUUUUGAGAAAGCCUUGAUCAUGGGAUGGAGAUCCGUACCUAAAAAGGUUUACUCCGGUGCUCUCUAUAUACCUGCUGUGCAGGUCUGCAAAGCUUUUUAAUCGAUCCUUCUCCUGGCUUCUCCUUGAGAGAAUUAAAUAUCAUAUCCCUUAAGGGUUUCACGAAGCCUAAGAAUGGCUGAUAGAUAGAAGACAAUCAUUUCGUCUCGUUUCAUCUCAUCUCUCCUUCUCUCUCUCUCUCUCUCUCUCUCUCUCUUUCUCUUUCUCACGAACAUAUAUAUAUAUAUAUAGUUAUCUUUAUAUAAAUUCUUCAGGAAAUCGAUAUCAAUCUCGAUCAUAUUUCCAAGACCACGUGAAAAUAGCUCGUUCGAAAACAGUAUUAUAUCUCGAUUAGAUGAAUAAUUUUAAUCUAUUUUUUUUUCUUUUCUUUUCUUUUUUUUUAUCAUAAUCGAGUAGUUCAACUUCGACGAGAGCUUUCGAGAUAAAGAUGUACUUGUUUGAUUGUAUUUAACAGAGCGAUUCAUCUUCACUCGAGUCCAUGGUACCUCAAAUACAGUUUGAGAUCAAAUAUUAUCUUUUAAGAUGAUGAAAUCUUUUCGCUUCGUAUGUAUAUGCAUAUACACACACACA